AUGUCUGCGAUACAUAUAAAUCUGAUUCUGCUCACUGCCUUUGUUUAUGAAGGAGACGUACUGUGUGGAAAUGAGUCGAACGGAACUAUACACUUAGGUGUUCUACAAGAAUGGUUUGGCAUCAAUUGGUGGACCUCUCGUGCUUUUUCCCUUCUUAUUGUUGCCCUCUUCAUAAUGCUUCCACUCCUUAUGUUACGACGUGUUGAUUCACUAAGGUAUAGUUCUGCAAUAUCGAUCGUACUAGCAUUGGUCUUUAUUGCAAUAUGCUCUUCAAUGGCGUUCAGUGCAUUGUUGUCAGGCAAAACUCAAUCACUAAGGCUAGUGCCUGAUUUCUCUAAAGUCACUAUCCUUGAUCUUUUCACCACUGUCCCAAUCUUUGUCACAGUUCAUCCAAUUAGAGCAGAGAUUGGAAAAGUUACAGACAUGGGUAUGGCUGUGCGGAUUUCCCUACUAAUCUGCAUGCUUGUUUACUUUUCGAUUGGCUUCUUUGCGUACCUAUUGUUUGGAGAUUCCAUCAUGCCCGAUGUGCUAGUAAACUUUGACCGAAACUCCAAUACCCAUGUUGGUCGAUUGCUGAAUGAUGUUGUUAGAAUAAGCUACGCACUCCAUCUUGCACUUGUGUUCCCCAUCAUGAACUAUUCCUUGAGGGUCAACAUAGAUGAACUGAUUUUCUCAAACAAAAAUAAGCGUCCCUUGGCUUCAGACACCCCAAGAUUUGUGUCACUCACUUUGUCUUUGCUAGCCCUCACAUACUUGGUGGCUGUGGCCAUCCCAAACAUUUGGAAGUAA